AUGAGUGAUUUUCUCAAGAAAUUAAUUGAUAAAGAUUUGAUGGCUUAUACGGAAACUCUUCAAAUAAGUAUUGAAACUGAAACUAAACUUCAGAAAUGGAAGUUUGGUGAUAUACUAAGUCAGUUUUUAGCAAUGAUAGAUAAAGAAAUGAAUAUUUUAAUUGAAUUGAAAAAUAUUGAGCAAAAGAAACGAUCAUCUUUUGACUUACACGCCAGGGUCUUGUUUAUUGAUACCUUUGAGUCACUGAGAAAAUUGAUUACAAAGCAACGUCUUUUCGACCAUGAUAUAUCAGCUGAAAAUCAACUUUACUACAUAAUUCUCCCAACAGAAGUAUCAGGUUUGGCGGUUGACCAAACCUUCCUCGAACAGGUCAUGUAUUUUUGUUCGAAAAACUUUAUAGUUAAUCUUAACGUUCUUGUUGAAAACGAAAGGGAAGAUAUUAUAACAGCUUACACAUACUAUCCAUUUACACAAAAAAGUUGUAGAGACUAUUCACCAAUCGUUCAAAAUCGCCUCAUAGAUGGGAAAAUUCAGUUUAAUGAUCACCAAACUUUUCCCUCGAAAUUUAAUAACUUCUGGCAGUGCCCUCUGGUGGUAGCUAUAUCCGAAGAACCUCCGUUUAUAGUUGUUGAAGAUGGUGAAAUAUCAGGAAUUGAUGGAUGGUAUCUUAACACUCUAGCUGGGGUGAUGAAUUUUUCAAUCAACGCCAUUUUGUCUGAAGAUACGGCGGGAAAAACUAGCCCAACCAAUGGAACCGUUAAUGGAGUUUUUAAAAUGAUGAAUGAAGGCUUUGGAGACUUCUCUUUGGGCGGAUCUUUCUGUGACGUUUUCCGAAUGUCACAAUUUUCCUCGACAACCGACUAUUUCACAACAUAUCUCAAAAUUAUUGUAAAAUUUCCCAAGCCGUACAGUUCUCUAGAGAUCUUACUAUUGCCAUUUGACCAUUAUACCUGGUUCACACUUCUGCUAAUCUUGAUUGCUAAAUGGAUUGGUAACCUUUUCUGGAAAAGGAAUUCUAUCGAAAUGGCAAGCUUCGAGAAAUCCUCUGCAAGAUUUCACAUAUUUACUUGGCUCUUCAGCAUUCUCAUCCUACAAAGCUCCUACGAAGGUUCAAUUUUCAAAUUUCUCCAUAACAACCCAAGAAGAGAACUGCCUUCUAGCUUAGAAGAAGCACUUGCUGAUGGAUACACAAUCAUAGCCAAAUCCACAUACUACACAGCUUUAAAACAAAUCAGUGAUUUUUCAGAUCGAUUUAUUUUCAUUGAUGCUUCACAGCCAAAGCUUAUUGAAGAAUUCAAUCGUAAAGAGGGAAAAUAUGCUUUGGUUAUAUUUGGUGAACUGCUUAGCAAAAAUACAAGUGAAGAAGCAAAAUAUAGACAAUUUAUCACCGUGAAAAAUCCACUUUUACAAAAUAUUGUUUGCAUUUACUUACCAAAGUUCUCGUAUUUAACCAAUGAAUUUAAUCGUCGACUUAAGCAAUUCAAAUAUUUUGGACACUUGAAGAGAUUUUAUGAAAAGCCAAUAAAGAAGCUUAUAAAUAAUAAAAAGAAGAGAAACGUUGGCAAAGAUGUGAAUAUUAUAUCACUCAGUAAGUUGUUAGGAGCAUUUCAGUUGUUGGCACUUUUUAUGAGUUUGGAAGUGUCGGUGUUUUUUGUGGAACUCAUUUCAGUUCAAAAUAGAUCUUUUAAGAGAUUUGUGGAACUUGUUCAUUAG